AUGGCGGCGGUGAUGUGUUGCGAUGAGCCCAUCGACGGAGGAGACGUGAAGCGAUCAGAGCACUGGUCGUACGUCGGCCAAGGGAGGGGCGCUUAUGAGACUGUCAGUGAUGUCGUGUUUGUUGGGCACGGCAAGGGCAGCAUUCAAAAGGAGGUGAAGACGACAAGCCGCCCGACGAACAUGUGGGGGCCAUGCGCAGUGGCCAUCGGCCUGAUCUUUCUGCUGUUGAUCGGCAUCUUCAUGAUCUUUCUGUUGCAUCGUCAUACCCCAGUUCAAGCGGAUGUGAUCGCAUACACGACAACGGCACCUCCGCCGCCGAAGCAGAUCAUCAUCAAGCACCACUACAUCACACAAAAUCGGGACAAGGUGGUGGGAUACCCCGUUCCUGGACCUUCUCAUGUGGUGUAUCAUAAAGUCUACAAGCCGAAUGCCCACUUUGACUGCUCCACAGAUGCCCUGAACUACCGAGCCUGGUCAGCGCAGCAUCAGAAAUGGUGCUGUUGGGCUGAAAGCGUCGCAUGCCCAACCAAGGUGGUGAACGUAGACAAGUAUGUCCCAGUUACCAAGACAGUUCCAGUCACGGUGCCGAAAUACCACUAUGUGAAGGUGCAGGGGCCAGAGCCAGAGCCCAAAAUUGUGCACAUCAAGGUGCCCUCAGAGCCCCUUCCCCCCAAAGUGGUGAAGGAACCCUUCCCGGUGCGAGGGGAGAGGCCCCCGGCUCACAUCCACUACAAGUACGUGCCGGUGGCUCAUCCCGUGGAAGUGCCCAAGGUUGUCUAUGACAAGAAGGUGGUGAAAGUGCCCGUUGCGGUGAAGAAGUAUGUCCCGAAGGUUGUGCACGAGCCACCCAAGAUCAUCCACAAGACCCACAUCAUUUACGAUCAUCAUCAUGAAUACGACUGCGUCGAAGGCUUUCAUGACUACAAGCACUUGUGGUCAACCCCGCACAGGGAGUAUUGCUGCUGGAAGGAGAGCCGUGGUUGUCCCGGGACCCACGAGGAGGACCACAUGAAUGUCAUCACGCACACCAAGUACAUCGACGUGCCGGUGCCAUCCCCUCCGAAAGUGGUGAUCAGGCAUCACAAGAUCGUCAAAACCAGCCAUCAUGAGCUGAGACACUUCAAUUGCCAUGCGGGCUACUCCAACUGGUAUUUUGGGUGGUCCAAGACAAAGCAGGACUGGUGCUGUGCUCAUGAGAGCAGAGGAUGCGAGGGCACAUGGAAAGGACACAUGCACGUCAGCAUGGGUGCCUCGAUUCAUGCUGCUGCCGCCGGAGCAGGGAAGGCAACGGGCACCAUCUACGAUUGCGAUGCCGGGUACUCCAAUUGGCUGCAUGGUUGGUCGGACUCCAAAAAGCUAUGGUGCUGCGAGCAUCAUGAGAAGGGCUGCGCUGACCACCACUGCUACCACGGAGAGCCUGAUGAUUGGUCUGAUGAGAAGAGCCACUACUGCUGCCAGCACUUCCAAAGAGGCUGCCCUCGUACCACAGUUUCCCCACUGGGUUGCCAAGCGCCGUGCACCCAUGGGGGUGAGACUUCUCUCUGCGUCGACCGCAUGAAAUGGGCCGAGGAGAACCACUUCAGCGGCCGGAGCAAUGCCUGUGCUUUGGCCUACAGCCAGGUUCAGGUGGAAUGCGACAUUUGCAGAGGCUGUACCAUCGAAGCUGCUGGUUGCGAAGUACAUGUGGCGACUUCCGAGCCCUAUGAUUGCGACGCCGCCCUCAACAACUUCUUCCGAGCAUGGUCUCCCCCGAAGAAGCACUGGUGCUGCUCGGUGAAGGGAAAGGGCUGCGAGGGUGCACAGCCUCCGGCUGUCGACCCGGGAGCGGGCAUGGUCUGGAAGCACGUGCAGGUGAAUGGCUAUUGGACCUGGGUUGCUGUGACCGUGUCCGGCGGCGCUGCCGUCGCAAGUCUCCCAUAUGAUUGCCAUGUCGGUCUGACUAAUUGGCACAUCGGGUGGUCGGCACCGAAGAAGACCUGGUGCUGCGCCAAUCAGAAAAUGGGCUGUGAGGGAGCAGGAGGCGGGGCCGCUGGCGGUGGCGCUUGGCACACCCACACCCACACGGAGGUACACGUCUUCCACGGAGGCGCCGCCGGAGGCGCAGCCGGAGGCGCAUUCGGAGGUGCAGCCGGAGGUGCUGCUGGAGGUGCGGCGGGAGGUGCCGGCUUUCCACCUGGCGCGGCUGGCCAGGGCAUGGAGUGGAAGUGGGAGAACGAUGGAGGCCACUGGCAUUGGGGACAGAUCCACAUGGAAGGAUCUCCCAAAUACGACUGUCACGCUGGCCUUGCCAAGUUCAAGAUGGGCUGGUCGGUGGGCAAGAAGACAUGGUGCUGCCAUUUCGAAGGAUUGGGCUGCGCAUAA